AUGGACCCCAAACAACCCGAUCCUACCACUAUUACUACUACUACCCCACCUAAAGCAUUAGAAGCUGGAGAGCAAAAGGCUGUCAUUGAUAAUGCCGAACAGGCUGAGGAAGAGUACACUGUAUUCUCCAAGCCUAGGCGUAUGUUCAUUGCUGUCAUUGUCUCUUUUGCUGGAUUACUCUCCCCUUUUUCUUCCACUGUGUAUUACCCUGCCCUUACAGAAAUCAACAAGGAAUUUGACGUCUCUACCACCUUGGUCAAUGUGAGCGUUUCCGUUUACAUGAUCUUUCAAGCAUUGACUCCCUCAUUUUGGGGAUCACUUGCUGAUAUUUGGGGUCGUCGUCCCGUGUACAUUAGUACUGAGAUUUUGUAUGUGGGGAUUUGUGCUGGCCUUGCCAAUGCACCUAGUUUCCCCGCACUUUUGGUGCUGCGUAUGUUCCAAGCAGCAGGAGCUAGUUCAGCUAUUGCAUUGGGUGCCGGUGUUUUGGGUGAUACCAUUGUUCCUGCAGAACGCGGUGCCUAUUUUAGUGCCUUUACAUGCUGUCAAAUGAUGGCGACAUCGUUGGGACCCGUGAUCGGCGGUGCCAUUGCACAGACCCUUUCUUGGCGGUGGAUUUUCUACGUUCUCAUGAUCAUUGGCGGUGUAGCCCUUGUGGCAGUCUUUUUCUUUUUACCUGAAACGUUGCGAUCACUUGUAGGAAAUGGGUCCGGCUAUGCCAAUCCCACACCUACACAAUGGUUGCGUAAAAAAGCUCUCCAGCAGGAAAAUAAUAAUGAUGCUGCUGCUGCUGCUGCUGUAAAAGAACCUUCUCUCUCUCGUUUUCUUAAAUUUCCUCGUGUGUGGCAACCGUUUCUGUACUUGUUGCAGCCGGAUGUUGCAUUCAUGAUGAUUUCAAAUGGAUUGGUUGCUGCCAUGUUGGCUGUUUACAUGACAACCACGCCUACCCAUUUUGAAGCAAUCUAUGGUCUUGAUGAAUUACAAGUUGGCCUGUGCUAUUUGCCAUUUGGUGGUGGAUGCGUGUUGGCAUCCUUUAUGCAAGGCCGUAUCUUGAACAGGGACUUUCGAGCUGUCGCACGCAAACUUGGUUAUACAUCACCUGAAAAACUCAAAUCUGGCAACCUACCGGCGGAUUUUCCUAUCUUCAAGGCUCGUUUGAGAACCAUUUGGGUGCAAAUCUUGCUACUACAAGCUGUCACCGUAUGCUAUGGAUGGGUCUUGUAUAAGGAAGUGCAUCUUGCUGCACCACUCAUACUUCAAUUUAUUGCUGGAUAUGCCAUUACUUGUGGUGUCACCGUAUACCAAACGUUAAGCGUUGAUCUUUAUCCCGGCAAAGGCGCUACCAUUGGAGCCACCAACAACAUCGUUCGCAGUCUUUUAGGUGCUGCAGGUACGGCUUGUGUUGAGCCUGGUAUUGAAGGCAUUGGCAUUGGAUGGAUGUUUACGGUCUUGGGAUUGAUUCUAUUUGUCUCAUCCGGAUUGGUGCCUAUUAUGAUUGCUCUUGGUCCCAAAUGGUGGCGUCGUAGGUGUGAAAGAAGAGAAGCAAAGGAGCAACAAAAGAAAUAG